AUGGGGAAUGAAACAGGUUACCCUUCAAUUAUAUUUGUCAUGAUUUUUCUUGCCUUGGUUUCUAGUACAAAUGCAGGAGACAUUGUGGUUUACUGGGGCCAAAACGAGAGAGAGGGCUCAUUGACAGAAACAUGUAACUCUGGACUAUACACCAUUGUAAACAUAGCAUUUCUAUCAAAAUUUGGCAGUGGUCGUCAACCUCUACUCGACCUAUCAGGUCAUUGUAACCCAGCAUCAAAUGGUUGCAAAGACGUGAGCAAAGACAUCAAGAAUUGUCAGAAGAAGGGGAUCAAGGUGAUGCUCUCAAUUGGAGGUGGCAAGCCAGGGUACUCUCUAUCAUCAACUGAAGAUGCUAGAAAUGUAGCAGAUUACAUAUGGAACAACUUCUUGGGAGGAAAAUCACCAAGCUCAAGACCAUUUGGUAAUGCUGUGUUGGAUGGCAUAGAUUUCGACAUUGAACUUGGUGGUGGUGAAGCCCACUAUGCUGAUCUUGCAAGGAGACUCUUUCAGCUUAGCAGAGGGGGAAGAAAAUUGCACUUAACCGCUGCACCUCAGUGUCCUUUCCCUGAUCAACACCUUAAUGGGGCAUUAUCAACAGGGCUAUUUGACUAUGUUUGGAUACAGUUUUACAACAAUGGUCCUUGUCAAUUUGACUCUCGCAACCCCAGCAGGUUUCAGAAUUCAUGGUAUCAGUGGACAACGUCAAUAAGGGCACGCAAGAUUUAUGUUGGACUUCCAGUUUCAACAUCAUCUGCUGGUAGUGGCUAUGUACCAACUCAAAUGCUCAUGAAUCAAGUGUUGCCUUUUGUCAAAAGAUCACGCAGGUAUGGAGGAGUAAUGCUAUGGGAAAGGUUCGGUGACAAGCAAACUGGAUUUGCUAGCAAAAUCGCAGGCACAACUUGA